CGCGGAGGGGCGGGCUGCGGGGCGGUGUCGCCGGAGGGGCUGCGCCGGCCCCGGCGGCUAUAAAGAAAUGGAGGCGGGGGGGCGCGGCCUGGUGGCGGCAUGACCGAGGUGAAGUUGGCCGUGCUGGGCGGCAGCGGAGCCGGCAAGUCGGCGCUGGCCGUGCGGUUUCUGACCCGGCGGUUCAUCGGAGAGUACGCGUCCAACGCCGAAUGCAUCUACACUAAGCACUUGUGCCUGGAUGGGAGGCAGAUACACUUGGAAAUUUAUGACCCUUGUUCACAGCCGCAGCGGGGGAAGCUCUCCCUCACAGAUGAGCUCCACUGGGCUGAUGGAUUUAUCAUUGUUUAUGACAUCAGUGACAGAGCAUCAUUUGCAUUUGCGAAAGCAUUGCUGUACAGAAUCCGGGAGUCUCACAUAGGAGCCUGUAAAAAAAUGGUCGAGUCAUCUUUAUUUUUGGUUGGUAAUAAACAGGAUUUAUGCCACAUGAGGGAAGUUGGCUGGGAUGAAGGACAGAAGCUGGCAAUGGAUAACAAAUGCCAAUUCUGUGAACUGUCUGCAGCAGAACAUUGUCAGGAAGUUAUGGCAAUGUUUACAAAAGUCCUGAGGAAUAUCACCUCAAAUUUCAAAGUGAAGGAAAAGAGACGACCAAGUGGAUCAAAGUCAAUGGCCAAGUUAAUCAACAACGUGUUUGGAAAGAGAAGGAAAUCUGUGUAAAAGGUGGUUAGUCUUGAGAUAAGAACAGGCUGAAAUAAUGGAGCGCAGGCAGAUCUUGGGAUUCAGUCAGUUUCCUCCAAAGGUCACUGUCUGGAGGAAUAAGACAGUAGAAACCAGAGAUGAGAGACAGUAUGGUCGAGUGGACUGGGUCUAGACAUAAAAGACCUGAUGUUCUAUUUUGAAUUCUGCUACGGAUUUACUGUGUUAGGGCUAUGUCACUUGCACUCUAAGAUGCUUGUCUCAUCUUUUAUCUCCUAAGUUUUUCAGAGGAGAGUUUUACUCUGCAUUUAUUCAACACCAACAUGAUCUUGGAUAGAGCUUCAAGGUGCAACUGAAAUAUAAACAGUUAUUUCCAAUGAUCUCAGCCUUACUGAUCAAAAUCUUCCUUCAGAAUUCUAAGUAGUUGUUUUUUGUGCAAGAAGAUUUGCACUAAGGAAAAGCAAAAUACCGCUGCUGUAUGUGAUCAUGUAUUUGUAUUUAACUUAAGGAAUGAUGGCCGAGAUCUUCAUGUGCAUAAAGGGCCUUAACACCUGCUAAAAUUCAUAUGAAUUAAAUGCCCAGACACCAAAUCUACAAAAGGUGUUUACCUGCAAAGCUGCAAAUGCAGAGGCACCAGAAGUAGGGAAACAGAUAAACAAAGCAGUAUUGUCUCCUGUUUCAGUGUAUCUUUUUUUUUUAAGACUGAUGAAAGAAAGUAGAGAGGGUUGAAGAGGUUGGGAACUGAAAUGUUGGUGAAAUGUUAGUCAGUGAGCAUUGGACUGUUUUGGCAAGGUCAUUGUUCAGUGAAAUAAUUUUACAGCUAGGGCCGGUGUAAGGCUCGGAUAACAUCUUGGGCUGAUCCCUUUCACGAAGCAGUUUUCAUGAGCUGUACCAAAGUUUCCUUACCUGUAAGGUGGAUGUGCCUGUUCAAUUUUAGAUGGGAGUGGAAGGUUGAGAAGCACAUGGGCUGGUAAAGAGCACAAAUUCUUUGGGAUGUCUGCCUGGAUUUAAAGGUCAGCCUGCUGGUAAAACGUGUGCUCUUAACUUGCAGUGUUUUUCCUAAGGACCAAUGUCUUUACAACUGGUCAUCGCUAUGGUAUUGAAAUGCCACUGGAGAGAGCACUAAGGAAUAUGUUAGCUAUACUUUUCAGAUGUGAAUAUUAAACAUCAGACAGGUCUAAAUAUGUUGUCAAUUGACAUGCAGCGCUCUUACUGUAGACUUAACUAAAUAAGGGCUUAGCCCAUUGUGUUUGAAAGUACUGUGCUCAUACAGGAAUUAUGAAAGGAAAGAGAACUGAUCUGAAGAUGAAUUACUGCCUCCUACCCCUUCCAGAGGUCAACUGGGAUUCAGUCUUUCUAAGUUUCUGAGAUAAAGCCUACCUCUGCUCUGAAAUUUUACCUGCAUUGAAACUAGUAAGAUUGCUUUAUCAGUCACAGCAGAAUACUGAUUUUCAAAUGUCCACCCCAUAAGAUAGCAUUAAAAACUUAUAUAAUCUUAGCAUUACUGUUCUAAAAUAAAACUAAAACACAUUUUAAAAAGUGAUAACUGAAGAUCACUUCGUUUUUAAAGGAAAAGAUACUGUAUAUUUCACUUGUUUUAGGACUACAAAUAUUGGAAUAUAGUUCUCAGUGUUGACAGGCACAGUGUUGCUUUAUUUCUAUGCAGAUGCUUCUCUGUCAUAUUGGGAGUAGCGUAUUUAACUGUAUUGUCCAUAUCUAUGAGGCUGAACUUGAAGGCUGCUCAUGGACACCCUUCAGCUUUCCAGCACAUACGGAAUUCCAGAACUACUAAUGUACUGUCGAUCUGUCAGCCAGCUGUAUCUUGCCAGCUCCAGCAAUGCCAGAUUUGAAAACUCUUAUCUGUAUUUACUGCUAUGGUAUAAAUAAACUGGAUAUAAGAUGGA